UGAAGGGGACAACGAGGCUACUGCCACGGUUCGGAAACCAGCUGGUGAAGGCAAAGGGUGCAGACUUAAGCGGGCUGCGACACCAUUGUUGAGUCCAUUCACCGAUCCCUCCAGGAAAAAGAGGAAGGUUACUGAUUUGCAUGCACAGACACCUCAGCCCCGUUUUGAUCCAACAAAACCCGUGGCCAUGGACGAUGUGAAGGCUAUCAUACAACUUUGCAGGGCUUGGAAAACUGACAUCAGUGCGGAGCUGGAGCUCGAACCAUUUGAAGUUGGGGCAGAUUUUUUUUUACAAACUGUUAGAUGAAACUGCAUGGAUGAGCUCGAGGCACCUUGACAUGGCCAUGUUUCUAAUACGCAAAAGACAACUCUCUCAUCCGCAACUAUUUGGAAGGGAGUGGACAACCGCCGAGUUUUGUCUGCAGCAAUUUUUACAGCCGUUUGCAAUGCCAAGUGGGAAACGAGUCACGAGGAAACAAUCUGCUGCAAGCACCGUUCACCCUCCCCCUAACUACCUCAAAAAUGUACACCACUUUGUCAAUGGGUCAUGGCAACAUGGGUAUGCGCAAGCAUGGACGAAAGUGCGCAAGGUCUAUCUCCCGUAUAAUGUUCGACAGUCCCAUUGGGUAGCAGUAGAAGUCGACUUUGUGCGACAUACUGUCACUGUCUAUGACUCGUAUUCUGAUUUUACCUCCAACAGUAUGCUUGUCCGAUUCAUGGAGCCUAUUACCCAUACGCUUGCAAAGGUGCUGCAUGAAAUGAGGUUUUAUGAGAAAUCGGAGGUUGAAGCGGUGAAGAGAAAGGGGACUGACAUGUCAAACUUUAACCCAUUCACAAUUUGCAGAAUUUCCGAUGUUCCUCAACAAACUGAUGGUACUUCAUGUGGCAUUAUGACAGUCAAAUUUAUUGAGUACCUUAGUGCCGGCAUUCCUUUACAUACCAUUGACCCAUCGAAGUUUGGUGGUCUUUCCAGCUUCAUACCCAUAUUGACAUCUCAGAUUCUGUACAUGGAUGUGAAAGAAGUUGCAGGCUGUUUUGUCGUAUUGUGA